AUGAGCGCAACCGAAGGCAACUACGGCUCCGUCACUAACUCGGUGCCCGUGGUGAACGGCGACUCUCGCCCUUCUGGUGACGAGGAGCAAUCUCUCCUUGGCGGCGGCAGAAAGCCAGCCUCCAAUUCUCUGCGCAAGAAGCUGACCAAAGACGUCAAACGCGACUGGGCUGACUUGGUCCUCCUCGCGUGCUACAUCAUCACUGGCCUACUCGACAGCUCUUCCAUCUCCAUCUGGGGCUCCUUUGUGUCAAUGCAAACAGGAAACACCGUCUACAUUGGCCUCGGCCUUGCCGCGCCAACUGAGUCAACCCGGUGGAUCAAGUCCGCCACGUCCCUUGGCUCCUUCUGCCUGGGUUCCUUUCUCUUCAGCCGCUUCCAUCGCCUCUUCUCCCCCAAGCGCCGCUGGGUUCUGUGCGCGUCAUUCAUCGCGCAGACGCUCCUUUGCAUCGCUGCCGCCCUCAUCCUGACCUUCGGCCCCAAGGCUGGCAAGGACGAAAUCUCGUGGAACGUGCUCGUACCCAUCGCCCUCAUUGCAUUCCAAAGCUGUGGCCAGGCCGUGACGAGCCGCGCGCUAAAAUACAACGCCCUCACUAGCGUCGUGCUGACGAGCAUCUACUGCGACCUGUUUUCCGACGCCGAGCUGUUUGUCGCCCACAACGCUGAGCGGAACCGUAGGGUGGGCGCGCCUGUUUUGCUUCUUGCUGGUGCCAUCUUGGGCGGGACUUUUGCUCACACAUCUCUGGGUAUUGCUGGCGCGUUGUGGACGGCAUCUUUCUUGAAGUUUCUGGUUGUCUUGUCGUGGUUUUUCUGGCCUGGCGAGUCGACUUCUAACGAGGAAUAG